GCCUAUUUUAUUUUUCUUGUAUUUGGCGUGCGCUCCAUUUAGUAUUGCGAGAACUUUCAUCGUUACGAUCAAGAAAGCCGUUGAAAAGGGCUCUGUCUGCUGCCCAGCAAAAAAGUUCCCCAAGAGAGUAUUGAGAAACAGCAGCAGCAGCAGCAAUCAGAGAGUGGGAAGAAGUGCGACUCUUGAUUAUGGAUUGGUAAGUCGGAAGAACUUAUCAGAAGGCGGCAAUGGAGGAUUUGACGGCAUAGUAAAAGAUUAGCUUCAAACCAGGGCUCCUCCUCCCCACUUUGUCUUUGACAAUGGUCCAAUCAGUAUCGGCAUCGAUUCACAGACCCAGCUUCACUCUGAUCCUUCUCUGCCUGCCUGUAUGAGAAAUACCCGCCUUUUCCUUCUGAAAACGUACUGGAGUUAUACUGCAGAUGUUGGUGAGGGGACUUGUAUGAUUCAAGCAUCAAGGGGAAGGUAGUAGAUACACUAAUUAUGGGGAAGAGCACGCAGAGACUUUCACAUGCUCGAUGCGAGAAAUCAGGCUGUAUGUGGAGCUUGAUUAGCAUGUUGGACUUCAGAUAUGGUCGCUUCAGUCAGAAGAUGCUUUUAGAUAGGAGAUACACAAGCCGGCCUCGUGCUGCUGGUGCUGAAAAGCAAAAGUUUAUGCAUGACACAGAUAUUGAUGAACAUGAUCAGGAUGGUGAAGAAAAUGUGGUGGUAACACGUAGGCCAAGUGUGAAGGAACUCAUAGAGGAAGAUUUGUUAGACGAGCAAUUGUCUGUGAGCGAGACAAUCGGUGGUGAAAUGGAAUUGAUCUUAAAGGGGAAACGAAGAAGCGACACCAAGAGAACUAGUCGCAGAAAAGGUUGCGAAGUGCAUGGAGAAGCCCAUGUUGCUUGUACUGCUGCUGAACUAACUUGCCCCCACAAUUCAGAGGCGUUCAUGUAUGAUGGUGAGAUAGGUAAGAAAAGAAUAGAGGAAUUCAACCAUCGAAAAAGCAGUAGUCGUCGUUUGAGAAAGGACCAAGGCAGUGAGCUCCAUCAUCAGCUUAGCCAGAGGAUUAAUGAUGACUUUGAAGGGAAACUCAAAGAGAUCAAACAGCUUCUUGUUAGUCAAAAGGUCAAACACAGAAAGCAUCAAGAAGAAGAUGACAGCAUUGAUCAGUCUCAGGCACUUAAGGAUGCUCUGCAGAUUAUAUGUUCCGAUGAGGAAUUGCUUCUUAAAGUCUUGCAAGGGCAAGGGAAUCUUCAGGUAGCUAAUGGGGAAGAGUCAAAGUCACCUGUUGGAACUAGUGUAGCAGAACAAAGGCAAUGUGUCUCAAAGCAAGCCAACGAAGUUUCAGCAACCAAACAUGGCAAACAUUUUAGAAGGAAGUCCAAGUAUCUUGAAAGGACCAUUUCAAAAGGAAACGUCUCCCCUCAGGAUACAAACAGGAUUGUCAUUUUGAAGCCAGGGCAAAAAGGUUUGCAAGAUUCUGAAACCAAAAAAGGUCUCGGCUCAUCGCCUCAACUUGAAAUGAGCUUCAGAAAUAAAGAAGGAAAUGGAAAAAACAGGUCCCAUUUUUCCCUGACUGAAAUAAAAAGAAGGUUGAGAACUGCCAUGGGUAGAGAGCGGCAAGAGGGCUCCACCAUAUCAAAUAGACAUCCCAAUGAGCCUACUUGGGCUGGUAAAGAAGGUGACCGAAGAAGAUUGAAUGAAAGCAGUUCUGGUAGAAGAGGUCCCAGUAAAGAACACUUCUUCAUGGAAAGAAUUGCCAGAUACCCAACGAGUUCCAGGAAAGGUGAGAAUGGUGCCAAUUCCAUUGAAUUUGACAAAGGGAAGGAGCAAGAAGUUAAUAAUAUUCUUCCCAAAUCAAGGACAUCGAACAUCUACGUUGAAGCUAAGAAGAAGCACCUCUCAGAGAUACUGACAGAUGGUCCUACAGGCGAAGCUUUUCUGAGCGAACCAAAUCCAAAACCACUUGGGAGGAUUCUCUCUUCCCCAGAGUACAAUUCUUCUUCCUGUGGCAGUUCUGGGGGCGAUUUGUGGUAUGGUUUCAUACCAGCACGGAUGAGCUUACCAAACAUCGAAAAAUUUCAGAGACUGGAAAGUCAGAUAGGUCGAAUAUCACUGAGCUCAGAGCUAUCUGAUGACAUCAUCUCUGAUAAUAAAGGACAGAUUCCUUGUGAUCCAAGUUCAAGUUUUCCUAAGGAACAUGUUCGUGAUGGUAAAGAAAAGAAUGCGAAUGAAGUGACUGCUCAAGGUGGUUUGGAGAUUGAAAAGGUCACUGAGAUUAUUAUGUCCUCAGAAGAUAUCAACUUCAUUGGUUAUCUUUCCGAAACUAGCAGCUGUUAUGAUGCUAUUAAUAACCAGAAUGUUGGUACUUGCAAUGCUCGUGAGGAGAGAGGAGACACUGAUAUCUUUGAGCAUGAUUGUUCUCCACCCACAUCAAUCGGCAAAAUCUGCCAGGCUCUCGAGCCUAAGGAGAUACAAGGUCGGCCGAGUCCUGUAUCUGUCCUUGAUCCACUUUACACAGAUGAUGAAGUCAGUCCAGCAGCGACUAGAUCCCAAUCUGUGCUGCAACCCCUGAGGAUUCAGUUUGAAGAGGUCGACAGUCUACAUGGUGAUGAUGAAGAAAUCCAUCUGAAAAAUGGUACAGAGGAAACAGAUUGUAUAUUUGAGUUCAUAAGGAGUGUACUCCUAGCAUCUGGUAUAAACUGGGAGGAGCUGUAUCUAAUGUCAGAUUCCUUAGACCAGAUCCUUGAUCCGUCAAGCUGUGAAGAGUUCCAGUUCUUCCCUAACCAGCUUUGCUCUGAUAAGCAACUCCUUUUCGAUUGUACCGAUGAAGCUCUUGUGCAGGUUUAUGAGCGCUACUUCAGUUGCUCCCCUGGGUUCUCCUUGGCAAUGCCUUCCAUUCGACCAGUACCCGACAUGGAGAAUACUAUUCAUGAGGUAUGGGAAAUAGUUCAUUGCCACCUCAUGCCCCUGCCAUUGCCUCAUAUCUUGGAAACGUUGGUCGAGAAAGGCAUGGAUACAGACAGCUCGUGGAUGGAACUUCGACGAGAUACUCAAACCGUGAUAGACGAAAUUGGUGAAGCCAUUUUUGAGGAUCUUAUAGACGGAACCAUCCUUAGCUGUGUAAAUAAAGUUGGACGAGAAGAACAGUGAGGACAGCAUCAUCAACUUUUAAAAGGACUUUCUGCUGGUGUUUUAUGUACAUAUAUGUGGAGUUUAUGUAAGAAAAGGCAGCUCAUUUUUGGCAAGAUGUAACAAAAAAUUAUACGUACAUAUGACAUGAUUUAACGCAAUUAAACGUACAUAUUGUUGAUCUUCC